GCCCCCGGCGCGCGUCCCGAGCCCGCUGCGCUCCGGCCGCCGCCUGGUCAUGUCAGGAUGGAGAUCCGGCAGCACGAGUGGCUCUCGGCCUCCCCCCACGAGGGCUUCGAGCAGAUGAGGCUCAAAAGCCGCCCCAAGGAGCCCUCGCCGAGCCUGACCCGAGUGGGCGCGAACUUCUACAGCAGCGUCAAGCAGCAGGACUACAGCGCCAGCGUCUGGCUUCGGAGGAAAGACAAGCUGGAACACUCCCAGCAGAAGUGCAUCGUGAUCUUUGCCUUGGUCUGCUGCUUCGCCAUCCUAGUUGCAUUGAUAUUUUCAGCCGUGGACAUUGUGGGAGAGGAUGAGGAUGGACUCUCAGAAAAGAAUUGUCAAAAUAAAUGUCGAAUUGCCCUGGUGGAAAAUAUUCCUGAAGGCCUUAACUAUUCAGAAAAUGCACCAUUUCACUUAUCACUUUUCCAAGGCUGGAUGAACUUACUCAACAUGGCCAAAAAGUCUGUUGACAUAGUGUCUUCCCAUUGGGAUCUCAACCACACUCAUCCAUCAGCAUGUCAGGGUCAACGUCUUUUUGAAAAGUUGCUACAAUUGACCUCUCAAGAUAUUGAAAUCAAGCUAGUGAGUGAUGUAACAGCUGAUUCAAAGGUAUUAGAAGCCUUGAAAUUAAAGGGGGCCGAGGUGACGUACAUGAACAUGACCGCAUACAACAAGGGCCGGCUGCAGUCCUCCUUCUGGAUUGUGGACAAACAGCACGUUUAUAUCGGCAGUGCCGGUUUGGACUGGCAGUCUCUGGGACAGAUGAAAGAACUCGGUGUCAUCUUCUACAACUGCAGCUGUCUGGUCCUAGAUUUACAAAGGAUAUUUGCUUUAUAUAGUUCAUUAAAAUUCAAGAGCAGAGUACCUCAGACCUGGUCCAAGAGACUCUAUGGAGUCUACGACAAUGAAAAGAAAUUGCAGCUUCAGUUGAAUGAGACCAAAUCCCAAGCAUUUGUGUCGAAUUCUCCCAAACUCUUUUGCCCUAAAAACAGAAGCUUUGACAUAGAUGCCAUCUACAGUGUGAUAGACGAUGCCAAGCAAUAUGUGUACAUUGCUGUCAUGGACUACCUGCCGAUCUCCAGUACAAGCACCAAGAGGACAUACUGGCCCGACUUGGAUGGAAAAAUAAGAGAAGCAUUAGUUUUACGAAGCGUUAAAGUUCGACUCCUUAUAAGCUUCUGGAAGAAAACUGAUCCCCUCACAUUUAACUUUAUUUCAUCUCUUAAAGCUAUUUGCACUGAAAUAGCCAACUGUAGUUUGAAAGUUAAAUUUUUUGAUCUGGAAAGAGAAAAUGCCUGUGCUGCAAAGGAACAAAAGAAUCACACCUUUCCUAAAUUAAAUCGCAACAAAUACAUGGUAACAGAUGGAGCAGCUUAUAUUGGAAAUUUUGACUGGGUUGGGAAUGAUUUUACCCAGAAUGCUGGCACCGGCCUUGUUAUCAACCAGGCAGAUGUGAGGAACAACAGAAGCAUCAUUAAGCAACUUAAAGAUGUGUUUGAAAGGGACUGGUACUCCCCUUAUGCCAAAACCUUACAGCCAACUAAGCAGCCAAACUGCUCAAGCUUGUUCAAACUCAAACCCCCCUCCAACAAAACUGCCAGCUACAACACAAGUGGGAAGGAGCCCUUGAGCAUACAGUGAGAGUGAACAAACUGACCUAACAGCUCUGAAUUUCAUAUUUAUACCUACAGGACUUGAGGAGCGAAAAACAAUUUAAUAUGUCUUUUUUUUUUAGGGAAAAAGCACACUUAUGAAAAAUGUUCUCUGAACAUGUCAUAUCUAUCUGACAAUAUCUUAGCUCUGUAUGCACUACAUUUAAGACUUUUGUACUUGUUACUUUAGACUGAGAAUAUCAUCCUGGCUUAGAAGUUAGUUUUUACGUAUGCAUACAGAUUUUAAAACUUUGAUUCAUGUUUCUUAGCCCUCGCUGGUCUCAGAACUUUUCUGUUGACCCACCUGGUCAGUUCUUAGGAAGCCUAGCAUGAAGUAAGUGCUUGCUUUAACACCAUGCUGAGAACUGCUGGUUUUUGAAGGAAGGUGAGGAUUUUGCCUUGGAGAAGAGACUGAUAACACCAAGGCCUGUACAGUCAGCUAAGCAUGACCAGCCUACAUCUCAUGCCAGCCUUCAACACUCUUGAACAAUACCCUUUUCACUUCCUUUUUCAUUUUCUUUCAAUAUCAUGAGGGUUUUUUUCACAUCAUUCUCUUCUCAAAAAACAUCCUUAUAACAUAGUAUCCCUAUAUUCACCUCACCAUUAGUUCCAAGUGAGAUAACGUCUUUUGAUAAUGUCUGAAUUCUUCAGAAUGGAUACAAAGUGGAAAUAGCAGUCUUCUCAACUUUCAACUGCAUUUUCCCCCUACCAAAUAGGUCUUUUCAAACCACAGCCAGCAAUAUGUAUCCUUUCUCUCAAGUUCAGAAAAAUUAUGUAGUUACCUGCUAAUAUCCAGCAAGCUUUUAGUCUGCAUUUUGAGAAUAAAGUAGUUUUUCAUGUUUU